GGAAGGAAGCUAUAAUUGCAAGUAUGCAAUCGUACGAGUCAAAUUUAAAAUUUGCACUUGAAUCUUGAUACUUUUACUUGCGAGUCCUGGUGGUGGUGGGUUGGUUUUUCCCUUGCCCUAUUUUUGGGUCUGAUGGCUCAAAUGGAAGUGGUGGUGGUGGUGGGAUCAUCAUGGCUAGUUUAUCGAAAUUCGUGUACGUAUGUGAGGUUGUUGUUGAGCCCUUUCUUCCCAUCGUCAAAGACAAACAACUUCAACACUAGUACUAGGAUGCGACGACAUCUACUACACCAUCAUCGUCAUCUGUCUUUGUUUGCCAAAUCAAUUAAACAACAACCUCAUCCACUGCCUCUUUCUGUUUCUGUUUCAACCCCUCCUUCGGUGCUUCCCAAAGACAAAGACAAAGACUCUCCUCUUUCUGGGUUGGAAGAUGUGAUGAUGGGCUAUAUCUUUGGCAAGAAAAAGGCCACUCAAGUUGCUCACUCGGUAUGGAGGCAUAUUGUCCAGAAAGGUGAUACAGUUAUUGAUGCCACUUGCGGCAAUGGUUAUGAUACCUUAGCCAUGGUCAAAAUGGUUGCUGAUAAGACACAUUGUGGACAUGUGUAUGCAAUGGAUGUUCAAAAAGUUGCCUUGGAAAAUGCUUCGUCUUUACUAGAUGAAUCACUUACUUCAUAUGAGAGAGGACUUGUUGAGCUCUUUGCCAUUUGCCACAGUAAAAUGGAGGAAGUUGUUCCAAAGGGUGUCCCUGUGAGGCUAGUCGUGUUCAACCUGGGCUACCUUCCAGGUGGUGACAAAGCACUAAUAACAAGGUCAGAAACAACACUACAAGCACUGGAAGCUGCUAAGAGAAUGCUAGCAUCCGGAGGGCUCAUCAGCAUAGUGGUUUAUGUUGGCCAUCCUGGAGGAAGGGAGGAAUACGAGGCAGUACAAGCUUUUGCUUCUGGAUUACCUGUUGAGAAUUGGAUCAGUUGCAAACUUCAGAUGCUGAACGACCAUUGGCUCCUCCAAUACUUGUUCUUGUUUUGAAGAGAUAAAUACGCAUUUGCUUUACUUUCUGUAACAGCUCUUGAAUUUUUAUACAUUCUCUAGUUUGGUCUUUCAUUUGUUUAGAUUUCAAUAUAAUUGCUUUCAACUUAACUUUGUAUAAUAAGAUCUGUUUUUCGGAGUCAAUCUGAUUCACCUUUCUAUGCCUU